AACCGCCUCCCCCCCAUGCUCUCCCUCCUACUUUGUAUGCUCUCCAUAGCUCAGACCACCAAUAUUUUUUGAACACUCCAAACAACCCAAAGGGAAGAAGAAAAGCUAGUAUUCAUUCCCUUGGCCAUGGCAUCAACUCUACUUUUUGUCUUCUCUCUCCUCCUCCUCCCGCUUCCAUCCUUCUCCAAGACCUGUUCCUCCCACACCUUCUCCAAGAACCGACUCUUCGCCACCUGCAAUGAUCUCCCCCACCUCUCCGCCGCCCUCCACUGGACCUACGACGCCGCCAACUCCACGCUUUCCAUCGCCUUCGCCGCCUCCCCAUCCCACUCCGGCGGCUGGGUCGCAUGGGCCCUCAACCCCACCGGCUCCGGCAUGGUGGGAGCGCAGGCUGUCGUCGGGCUCCGCCAGUCCGGCGGCUCCCUCGUGGCCAAGACUUUCAACAUCUCUGCUUACGGCCCUGUCACGCCAUCGCCCAUCGCCUUCGAGACGUGGGGGCUCGAGGCAGAGGAGGACACCACCGGCAUCAUGACGGUGUUCGCCAAGCUAAAGCUUCCAAGUAACGUGACGAAGAUGAACCAGGCGUGGCAGGUUGGGCCAAGCUCCACUGAUGGGUUGCCAAGCAAGCAUGACUUCGGGGUGGAGAAUUUGAACGCCAAGGGGACGCUAAAUGUGGUCAGUGGGCAGAGCUCAGGAGGAGGAACGGAUUCCAGGUUGAAGGAGAAGAAUAUACAUGGAAUACUAAAUGCUGUGAGUUGGGGAAUUCUGCUUCCAAUUGGAGCAAUCAUAGCAAGGUAUCUGAAGGCAUUCAAGUCCUUGGACCCAGCUUGGUUCUACCUUCAUGUGUUGUGUCAGCUCAUUGGUUAUGCUUUGGGGGUCACUGGCUGGGGAAUCGGUCUUAAUCUUGGGAGCAAAUCCAAGGGAGUUCGGUACACCACUCACCGAAACCUAGGCAUUUCCCUCUUCUCCCUUGCCACCUUACAGAUCACUGCUUUGUUCUUGAGGCCAAAGAAGGAUCACAAGUACCGCGCCUACUGGAAUAUAUACCACCAGGUAGUAGGACUAGCCAUCAUUCUUCUGGGCAUCAUCAAUGUGUUCAGGGGCCUACAAAUCUUGAAUCCUGCUCAGAAGUGGAUGGAUGCUUAUAUUGCUGUGCUUUGCAUCUUGGGUGGCAUUACAUUGGUGAUGGAAGUCACCACCUGCAUCAUAGCUCGGAGGAGAAAGACUGAUGGCUCCAUGAAGCAGUACAAUGGCUCUGGUGCCGCCAGUGAUCAGCAUGGCGUUCAGCAGCCACUCUCAGCCUGAGUGUUAUUACCAUCGGAUUUUGGUUUGUGCUUCUGUUGCUGUUUUGUUGUCUCGUUAGAUUUUGAGGAUAGAAGUAUUGCAUAGAUUAGAAUUUUCCUUCUACUUGAGAGUGAGCUAUUUGUACCAUGGGUUCUACAUUCUGUUAUGAACCUUCUCUUUGUAACUUAAUGUAUUGUAUUCUGUAUCGGAACAUGAACGCGAGAUUUUUAACCUUCAC